AUGCAAUUUCAAGAAGACUCCCCGUCGCCAAGCAACAACAGCUUGCUCCCGAGCGAUUACCUAAACGCUCCCAUUUUCGCCUCGCGCUAUCAUGACGAUUCGGCUGACGAGGACAACGACGAUAACGACGACAAUGACGUCAAUCGUGACGUCAACGGCAGAGAAAUCGCUCGUGAGCGCCGAAGCGCGGCCGAUCUGGCUCGCGCGAUUAACGGCGUGCGACAGCAUUGGAGCCCUACUGAAACCAUGCAGCUGGUUUACGCGUUCGUGGAGCUCGACCGCGAAAAUGACGGCAUGCGCAUCAUCCAUGGCUCCAACUACUACCGCGAAUUAAUCGCCUUGCUGCUUCGGAAGUUCCCCGAGUUCCGGCACUCACAGCCGGCCGUCAAGUCGAAGCUCAUCCGCAUGAAGAAUAAAUACUACCGGCUGCAGAACCGGCUGGACCGGUCAGCCGUCUCUUCGAAGGAGCAGCUGCCGGAGUGGUAUGUGUUGAUGGAUUCGGUCAUGGAGCGGGACGAGUUUCACCUGCGGUCGGCCAGGGGGGAGAUUCGGCCGCGUCGCGGUCGGCCACCGAAAUCGCGAGGCCGUCCUGCAGCAGCAUCAGCAGUACCGAAGCGAGAGAGAGGACGAGGCGAUUCAAGUGAAGACGACUUGAACCCACUCGACGGUUCUCUCGACGACGCUGAAGCGUAUUCGUUUCCAGCUCUCCCAACCCUGCCCACUGCAGCAAACGCGAGAACACUGCAGUAUCCUUCCCCAGCUCUCCCAACCCUGCCCACUGCAGCAGUUACAAAAGCACAGCAGUAUGUCUCUCCCCCUCCCCGAUCUGCCCGAGAGGUUUCUGCACUGUACACCCCGACUGCAGCUGCUACGUUGCCACUUAAUGCCGGAGCAGCAUCAGCACCUGGGGCGACUGGGGCGUCAUCAACUGUUGGGCAAGCUGUUGCUGCAGCGACUGCUGCUGGGGCAUUGGCAUUGGCAGUGCUCGGCGCAAGCAAUCCAUUGCGUGGUGUUGCUCCAAUAGCAGCGACAGGCCUGAUGGCUGCUGAAGGGCUGGGUGAUGUGAUGGAUGAGGCGGUUGAGAAUGCGUUUGCGGAUUUCGAGGGGCUUACUCAGGAGUGGGUGGAGAGAGCGUGUGGUGAGUUUGAGGGGAUGGUGGCUGAUAUGGCAGAGAGGGCGUGCUUGCAGUUCAGGAGUGCUGCGAGGGAGUUUUCUGAGUCGUGGAAAGCCGGGCAGGACUACAAGCGGCGGAGGAGGUUUUGA